AUGGAAACAUUGCUCAAGGGACAUUUGAUAGCCUUUACUGUGGCGUUUGUGUUGCUAUUUGGCAAUGAAAUGCUGCUCACUUCUCUGUACAUUGCAAGUAUUUUGGCAGCCUUGGCACAUAUCUUCGACAUAUUGAAAUCGAAAUUCACUGACUACUCGACAUUUCACACACGCCUUUACACAUGUUCCAAAGAGUUCGACUUCAUAUCUUGGAGACUUUUCUGGUUUCAGACCCUUCAAAAAUUGUGUGCAACAUGGUUGAUUCCUGCGGCUGCCAUGGGCAUUCUUUUAUUCGUUAUUGUUUUCCUUUUCACGGAAAGGAAGGAAUUGGUGCAUAGAAGUGGCGACAGGGAAACCAUAUGCCAAGAGAUUUUCUACAAUGUUGUGCAGACGGCCUGUUAUGCAGUGAUGGCGCUGUUGAUUAUGCGAUUGAAAUUGUUCUUCACGCCCCAUCUGUGUAUUUGCUCUGCAUUUCUGGCAAAUAAUAAG